AUGUCAGCCAUCGAUGGCGUCGACGCUGUGGAUAAUGCAGUUCUGCAAGCUGCGGAGACGCUGUCUUCAAUGCCAUCCAUAAAGCCAUUUAUUGAGGCCUAUCGAUCUGUGGUCGACGCCGAUGCGGAGCUCGCCACAGCGGUGAACGACAGACAAGCCCUUUACCGGAACACGGUGGAAAUGGGUACUGGUCGGAGUGCGGCGUGGACUGGCUUGAGGGGCCUGGCUCCGCGGAACCCCAUACUCCGGCUGCACAUCUGGAAUACCACUGGAGGGAAGUUAUACCCAGAGGACGCAGCUGAGCGAUGGGCAUGGUCUGAGGCCGUCCCUCAACAUCAUGUUGACUGGUCUAAGGAGCUCUCAUGUGGGAGGUGGACGCUCUUUAUAAAGGGAGAUGUGGUAUCGGACGAAGGCUACACUGUGGGGAUCUCCAAUGCUGUUAAAUUCUCGGACGUGGUUGAGAGACUCCUUAUCCUGGGAAUAUCCGAUGACACUUGUGAACACAAAAUCCCCGCGGUAUGGGAGAGGAAGGCUGGAGACCGAUACGAUGGCAUCCAGCUCAGUCAGGAAGGCACCAAGGAGCUCGUGCUGAAACUAGUCUUUUUCAUGCGAGACUACCCUGGCUCCAUGGUUGAAGUACCCCCAGAGAUAGAGAAGAUCGUCACUGGAAGACGACGUAUAACGAUGCCGACCUUGGUCCGCUCUCUGUGGGGCUACAUCCGACGGGAAAAUCUAGUUAUCGAGAAUGAUACCGGGGAGGUUAAGUUCAAACCGGACGCGCUUCUGACAGCGCAUCUCUUCCCUGAGGACUUGAUGACGCCUGGACCGCCUCCAGAGAGGACGGUAGAGGAGCUCUAUGAUGCUGCGUCUCGGAUGUGCAAGCCUCCCGGACCAGUAGUGAUAAAUCACAAGCUGAAGUGA